AUGGAAGCUAACACGACGGAACCUGAAACUUACUCCUUCGCGACGACGGGAGUACCACGCCCGUUCGUUAGCCCGUUUCUUGAGUCCCUCAGCUUAAGCAUGGGGCAGGUAGAGCCCAACAGCUUAAUGGAGGUUCUCAGCCGCACAAUCUACGGAUCAAACAUGAUAUUGGGGGCAGGCGGAAGUCUCGAUACAACCUACAGAAUUUGUCAUGCAGUAUUUAAUGAACUGCCGAUCCCAGAAGAGCUUACUAAGGGCGAUUCUGUGUACGAAGAAAUCACAGAUCACUUAGAAUUCCUGAAAAUACCCCGGUCUUACGAAAGCGUCAUGAAAUGUUACCGGGAAACACUGCAACACGCCAAGGCUGCAAAAUACCUGAUUACAAGAAUCGUCAUUCAUAGACAACGCUUUGAUGAGGCCACCUUCAAGGAGGCAAACCGCCUUCUUACCUACAAUGAUGAUCCCAGUCCGCAAGAGCCUUGGGGCGGCGACGGGAAUUAUCGUCAAUGGGGUAUGACCCGCGACCCGCGUUUCUUGGAUCCUCUUCAGAUCCCCUCUGCAAUGCUCGGCAUGAUCACCGAGCUUGCGAUGGAAAUGGAAUCCCUAGAUACGACCCCGCUCCCGCUGAAACCGGAGGAUGAUAUCCAAGAAAGGAUCUGGAAAGCCUGCCGAUUCUGCCACCGCUUCAUCCUCAUUCACCCCUUUGUGGAUGGAAACGGGCGUUUGUACCGUUUGUUCCUGACUACCCUCCUCCUCAGAGCUGGCAUUCCCCCUGCGGUUUAUGGACUUUAUAUCCCUGAUCGAAUGAGACAUGAGCAAGCUGAAGCCAGUUGCUACACACAGGACUAUCAGAUGUUGCUAAACGUGGCAGAUCUUGUCGCCUUUGGACCCGGUGAACAGCUGAUAAAGUUUGUUCACGAACAUACGUGUUGCUGGUGGGAUAGCCCGGGCAAUUACAUGCGGACAUUCCUACACGUCACGGGCCAGAGCACGGGUCAAGUGCUGGAAUAUCCUGCAGCGUCAAAGAUGCAUCCUCGAUAA